UCCCGACUGUUCAAUUAUCGCAAACAUGCCACGCGUAACGGGAACUCUAGGCACCACGGUGCUCCUACUUCUAACGAUCGCCAGCGUCGGCGUUUAUGCUGCGCCUCCGAUUGGCCGAGUGGUGAAUGGCACGGAUGCGCGUGUGGAGAAUUAUCCCUUUGUGAUUUCGUUGCGUGGUUCAACUGGUUCACAUUCCUGCGGUGGUUCCAUCAUCUCACAACAGUUUGUGAUGACAGCGGCACAUUGCACGGAUGGACGCAGACCCGACCAACUAUCCGUGCAAUAUGGCGUAACCGAUAUCAGCGCCAAGGGACCCAAUGUUGUUGGUGUCAAGCGAAUCAUUCAGCACGAGGCCUACAAUCCAUACAACAACUAUGCCAAUGAUAUUGCAUUGAUUCAGGUUGCGGUACCUUUUGAAUUUGAUUACAAAACUGUUGCUCCUGUUCAGUUGCCAGCGCUUAACUUUGCCACACCGCAACUGGCGGAGGGUGGAGCCGGUGAACUCAUCGGUUGGGGAUUGAAUGCGACGGGUGGUAAAGUACAGACAACACUACAACAGGUUCCUCUAAAGGUCUACUCCGAUGAGGAAUGCUCUCUACGUCAUAGGGGAGCCACCGAUCCGCGUUAUCACAUUUGCGGAGGCGUCGAUGAAGGCGGCAAGGGGCAAUGCAGCGGUGAUUCUGGCGGUCCUCUCUUGUUUAACGGCCAGCAGGUUGGCAUUGUCUCCUGGAGCAUCAAACCAUGCGCUGUGGCACCUUAUCCUGGAGUUUAUUGCAGAGUCGCCAGCUAUAUAGACUGGAUUCAGAAGAAUCAAAUUAUUUUGGCGUAGAUCCGCAAAUUAAAUUACAAUCAAGC